AAAACCUACCAAACAUUAUUUUAGGCUUGUAAAAACCCACGAAACUUUCACAUCCAUGUGACCAUGUCUAAGGUUCUCGAGCCCCUAGAAGAAGAAAAGACAGUAGAGCAGAAACCCAGAAGCCAAGAAGAAGAAGAUCAUCAAGAGAGUUCGAAGAAAGAAGAGUUGUUAGAAUCUCUGUGUACUCCAACUUCAAGUGAUCACAAGAUUCCGGAGGUGGAGACAUGUCCUCCGCCGCCAAGAAAGCGACCGCGUGAGAUUUCUCUGACAAAGAAGAAUAGAUUGUCCAAAGAUCUUCGGUUCUUCGAAGCCACCGACGUCGGAAGCCAAGAGGUAGAGGCUUUAUUCGUUCACGAACCAAACCAUAUCCUUGCAAAAUCUACUGGAAAGUACCGGCCUACCAGCCUCCCAUUCAAGAUGACCCUCAUGAAUACGACUGCUAUAAGUCGUAUUCCCUCAAUUUCUGAUGACCUUUACUUUGAUUUUGCUAACUUUCCUGACAUUCUGAAUGUUAAUGGAUUGAAUGAAAACAUUUUGAUUGAUGUUCUUGGUCAGGUCGUGAGUUUAGGUGAGAUGACAACUCACGAUGUCAACAACAAAGCCACCAAAAGAUUUGAGUUUGAGCUGCGUGAUACAAAUGAUGAACGCUUGACAUGUACUCUUUGGGGGAGAUUUGCUGAGAGAAUGUGGGAUGCAUGUCAAAAUGGAGGCAAUGAAAGGGUCAUUUGUUUGAUUCGCCUUGCUAAAAUUGGUACAUUCAAAGGUGAAAGAUCUAUUUCAAAUGCCUUCGACAUGUCUUUGUUGGAAAUAAAUCCAAACUAUCCUGCUGUCCAAGAUUUUGUGAACAACUUGCCAGCAGACGUCCCUGCACUUACUAUUCAAGAAGUGAUGCCUAAGGAUGCCAAAAUCAUUAAGAAGAAGGCAUAUUUUCAGACUUUUCCCAGGAAAACCAUUUCUGAACUUUUUGAGGCCACUGAGGUUGGUAAGUGCAAUGUUAUUUGUACUAUCUUGAAAGUGGACACAGACUAUUCUUGGUAUUGGUUUAGCUGUCUAAAGUGUAGCAAGACAGCAUAUAAGAUACCAAAAAUUGAAAAUGAGAUUGUCAAAAAAGGGAAGAAGCCAUUGUUUUGGUGUCCAACAUGUAAGGAAGAUACUCCUAAGGUCCUACCAAGGUACCUUUUAAACCUUGCAGUCAUGGAUAACACUGGAAAUACUAUGUGUAAGUUGUUUGACAAAACAGCAGCUGAGAUCAUCGGAGUGUCUGCAGAGGAUCUUUUGGAAGGGAAUUGGGAUGAGAUAAAGGAUCCAACUAAUUUGCCCGGACCUAUUAAAGAUUUGGUUGGAAAAACAUUCCUGUUUGUUGUCAGUAUUGGAAAGGAGAACAUCAAUGACACAGAUGACACAUACAAGGUGUUCAACGUCUGGUUGGGUAAUGAUUUAUAUGAUAAUGAUACUGUUGAAGAAUCCGAGAACCAGAAUGAUCAACAUACUGACCUGUCUAUUGAUCAGGAAGCACUUGCUUUGACUAAUAGUAGUGACAACACAGAUGUCAACACUACUUCUUCUGCUACUCCUUCUUCAAAGAGAAGUAAUGAAAGUUCUGACGAAGCUGAAGGGCAGUCUUCUACUACUAAAAAGACAGAUAACACAAAGCGUUAUAGGUGUCGCCACAGUGAUGAAAACAGAAACCCAAAUAUCAAUCAUGAAGGUCCUACCAGUAAUAUUCAAGUAAAAGGUAUUUUCAAUCGAUUGUUAGGAGGAAUUAGUAACAUACCAGCCAAUGAAAAUGAAGUCUCUGCUCCUACUGCUGGUGUUCCUUCUUCUUCUGUAAAGAGAAGACAUGAAACUGUUACUGUAGGAGGAAUUAGUAACAGAGCAGCCAAUGAAAAUGAAGUCUCUGCUCCUACUGCUGUUGUUCCUUCUUCUUCUGUAAAGAGAAGACAUGAAACCGGAGAAGAUUCUACAGUUACUUCUACCAAUUCCCUAAGAUCAGCAAAGAAAAACGCAAGGACACAGAACAGACCUGCUCAAAGAUUGCAGAAUAUUACAAACACAUCAAAUACUGACAGUGAGGUUGUUCAAACACCUCUGAAUCCAAAAAAAGCACCAGAAAAGACUCGAAAAAAGUUGAGUCCUCCAUCUGUUAACAGCAAAAAAGCUGCUAAUGGUAUUAUACUUACAAAUUCAAGAAACUCUUUGAGGUUUGCCAAGUCUUCUGCAAAGGAGACACAAACAAAAAACAAGAGAUGUUGUCGAAGCAGUGAAGGACACUCUGAUGAAGGACUGCAUUCAGAAGAAGAAACCGGAAUUAAUAUGACUGAUCAUCAAAGUUACAGUAAGUGAAAAUUCAUAUGAUAUAAAUUCUAAACCAGACA